UAAGGCUCCUUUUAUUGUCAUCUCCAAGCCGUCACACUAUUCUUUCCUGACAGAGUCCGUACACCCGCAACAAGACAUCCAAGUGCGCUCAUGGGUAAUCUCUAGUUACGAUACCCUUCGUCAUGGGGCCUGCAUGUACGACUCCGCCCAUAUCAGUCUGAGCAGACGUGUCUGGCAGUACUACCUCCGCGAACGGGAACAUUCCCCAUAUGGCCAUGACCCACCCACUUUCAGAUCUGGGUCUUCGCAGCCACAUUCGCUGAAACUCUAAGGCUCAACAUGUGCUAUCCACCCGUGUGAGAUUUAGUCAGUAUGGAGGCCCUCGCCGCUAUCGGUCUCGUCGGCUGCAUUGUUCAAUUUGUCGAGGCUGGGACGAAAGUAAUCAAGACUGCGAAGGAGAUUCAAGAGUCAAAAUCCGGCCUACCAGGAGAGAUCGAGAGCUUGCGGGUUUUAGCCAGGGAUAUGCACAACCUAAGCACGCGAAUUGCUCCAGCGACUACCAAGCCGCAUCCUAAGAAUGACGAACCCCUUCUUCGCCUAGCUCAAGACUGUCGCCAUUUGUCAGAGCAGAUCUUAGCCUUGACUGACAAAAUGGCGCCGAUCAGGACCAAUUCCCGGCCAAUCCAGGCUAUCAAUGUUAUGAUCAAGUCUCGAAAAUAUAGCAGUGAGAGGAAAGUGCUCGAACAGAAGUUAGCCGACUACCGUAGCAUGCUUCAAGUGGAACACGCUCGGGUGUCCAGUUUGAAAAUCGAAGCCCAAUUGUUAACCUUAGCAGAUAGCGCACAUAUCGGAAACGCAGAACUCGCUACCUUGAAUAGUCGCACACAAGAAUUACAAAAAGGUGUCACUGUGACAUAUUUAGGCGGCGAGGCUCAAAAGCAGCUACAGACUUUGCUUGGAAUGACGGACAGAGCUCGGGACAGGGUCGCAGAACGCCAGAUUUUAAAAUCUCUAGCGUUCGAUGACAUGCAUACGAGGUUUGACGUUGUAAACCAAGCUCACGUUGAGACUUUUCGAUGGCUUCUCGAUGACGAUACAAUAAACAAGUCACCAGGCGUUCCCGAAGCUCGUGACAGAUUCAUUGGCUGGCUCUCUUCAGGCAAGGGAAUAUUUCACAUAGCAGGCAAGCUGGGAUCGGGAAAAUCUACACUGAUGAAAUUCAUUUGUGGCCAUCCACGCACUAAAGCUGAGCUGAGGGUAUGGGCCGGGCAAUGUAAGUUGGUUGUUGUCAACUUCUUCUUCUGGAGGCCUGGUUCCCGAUUGCAGAAGUCAUUCGAAGGCCUCUUGCGCUCCCUUUUGCACGGAGUUUUAGUAUCCUCUCCGAAAUUGAUACCCCUCGUUUUCCCUGGCGCAUGGGACCGUAUCAGACGUUCAGAAAUACCAACAGGCGAUGUUGAAAUUAGCGACGAGGCAGUGUCGCGGGGAUUCAACAUAUUCUUGGAACAGCGCAACAUUUGCAAAAGCCAUCGAUUCUGCUUCUUCAUUGAUGCAUUGGAUGAAUUCGAAUCUACCACCCAGCAAGAUUAUGUCGAUAUGAUAACAGAAUUUCGCAGAUGGACAUCAUGUCUGUCCGGGGAUAUCAAGCUGUGUGUAUCAAGUCGAGAGCACAAUGUUUUUCAGGACAGAUUAUUAGCAGAGUCAAGGAUCAGGCUACAGGAUCUGACGAAGAACGACAUGCUCCAAUACACUCGGAGUAGACUCGAUGGUAUUCCGGAAAACGAAUACCGUGAGCGUCUCACAACAAACCUCGUGUCAAGGUCGAAUGGAAUAUUUCUGUGGGUUGCCCUAGUGGUCAAAGCCCUUCGUGAAGCUCUUGAUGACGGCCGAGACCUCGCAUCUCUUGAAGAAGAGCUAGCGACACUACCAGAAGACCUGGAGAAACUUUUCAAACAUCUUUUGAAAAGUAUUCCUGAACGCCAGUUGAAGAAAGCGUAUCAGAUAUUUGCAAUGGUAUUGGAGCUCGAGAGCAAUGCGGCGAAACUAUCGUUGUUCGCUCCUCUGCAUCUCGACGCGUAUGAAAAGGACCCGCAGUUCGCCCUCAAAGAGCCUUUUCCAUUAUGCUCUCCAAGCUUAGAUGACAUCGACGUACUAAAGAGCUGGCAGAACGGCCGAGUUAUCAAUGCGCGAAGGCUUAUGCAGGGAUGCUGCAAAGGAUUGGUCGAGAUGCACAGAACCCACGCCCACGAUCCUUCUGAUCCCAAACAGCCUAGGUUCAUCCGGUUUUUGCAUCGAACAAUCAUUGAAUUUUUCAAGCGCCCUCUUAUUCGGGAGGCCAUGGACGCCACAUUAGUCGGUUUUGACGUUGUCGAAGCUAUUUCUCAAGUACACCUAGCCGACUUCCAAUCGACGCAUCGUCUCUUGAUUCAUAAAGCUUUAUGGAGAGAGAUUUUGAUGGACAUAAUUAACAUGCGGUUCCGUGGGGGCAGAGACGUUUCACCCUACUCUUACUUGACGCGUUUAGAGUCUACGGUUCGGGAAAAACUCAGGUCACCAGAGAAAAGAGCCUACUUAGCCCAGAAGAUUAGUGUGCACAUGUUCAGUAUGACGAGCCCAACCCGUGGUAUGGGCAUGUCCCUACUCGAUGAUUCUAUUGUUUUAGUAUCAGCUUCGAUAGGUGCCGUUCGAUAUGUACACUGGAAAGUGCAACAGGAACCAGUUCUGAUCAAGGAUUCCCUCCACUCAGCCAUCCUUUUACACCUUCUUUGUCAUCAACUAUUCUACGGUCUACCUUCAAGAGAUUUCGAAACAAUUCAACAAUGUUUUGAGCUCAUACUUGAAGAUGGCCCUCCUGUUCAAGUCCGAUACCAAUUUCUCCAGUCAAUCAUGGCGUAUGCGCGUACUACGCCUAACGAUGCAGUCAGUCCUGUUCCUUCAGACGUAAUGGGCCGGUUCAUUGGGUCUUUCCUCGAAAAAUCGACAUCUUAUAUCAAACUACAUUCAAUGUAUCUCCGAGUAGAAAGAUCAUCGUCAUUAAACUGCGUGAGCCCCAUUCUGGGCUAUAUUCUCCGGAUAGGGGUUUUAGGAGAGAGCUGCGUAGAGGAGAUUAUGAAAGACCAGUGGAAGGCGCCGACUAUUCAAAUGCUAGCUGAGCGAAUUGAAGAGAGCGUGGGGCUAGAAGAACUGGUUAAGUUCUGGAACUUCGAAAAUACGGCCGACAUUCUUCAACUGAUCAAGAAAGGACGUGAAGACGAGAGGAAGGUUUCCGUUGGAGCAAAGGACUGGACGGAAGAGCAGCAACAUCCUGGGUCUGAGAGGGACAUAAAACUACUAGAGGACGUCCCCACAACAACUGGCAUCUCAGACGAUAAUAUAUCCAGGACUGAAGCCGCAGAGAUACUAGACGAAGCUCACGACCAGUGUGAAACAACAGCACUUCCGGCAGUUCGACCGAUCUCCGCGAGAACUGGAGGUCCACCACGUACAAAAGAAUUAUACGAAACCGAUAGCACUCCUUCACGAUUUCAAAACGUACUGCACAACUACCUGCUACAUGGCCUCAUAGGUAAGUCUGUGUCUGAGCAAAGCUCUUCAUACACGUAGCUUACUCUGCAACAGGAUUGCUACUUGCUAUAGUCGUAAUACAUAUUUUCUCAACGGGCCCACAUAUAUGCUCUCUGGAUGCU